AUGUAUCGGAAGUUGUCUAAGUUAGAACACUCGGAAAUAAAACAACUUCUUACAGAAGCUAAUAUAGAUGUUGCAAAGCAUUACGCAACAAACAAAAAAGCACUCGCUGACUUCAUUAAAGACUAUAAUGGUGCAAUAAGUUAUGAUAGAAUUCAUGAGUUCAUAAAGCCGCAACGCGGCGAGGACGAAGUCCAUGCGAGAGCAUUUCCUUUAAAUGACGUUGCUAUUGACUUAUAUCAUAGACGUUCAGUACCUCAUGAAGUAAGAAGAGAAAUGUUUGACAUAA